AUGUCGCAGUUGGAUGCCUGCACCCCUCAUGCUAUAACACCUCUUACACGUUGCUUGAAUUCGAAGGUUCUUGCAUUAUAUUCAAGAUACGUGGAAUCCCGUGAACGGACCCUCUAUUAUCAUGAGUAUGUGCAGGCGAUGUUGAUGGCUGUUCAGGAAGGGGUUAAACUGCUGGGGUGCUCGGCUUGGAGUUUGGCUGAUAAUUUCGACUGGAGGGCUGGGUAUUCUGUUAGAUUUGGAAUACAGUAUGUCAACUUGACUACGCAAGAGCGCUUCUACAAGGCCAGUUUCUUUUAA